ACCAUGGCAGGAUCACGUAGUGUAAUGGCUAUUGCUAUUGCGUUGCUGGCUUCUCUCUUUCUCAUCAAGGUGGUGGCAACAACGGCGGCGGCGGGAGGCACGCCAGCUCCACCGCCGGUUUUAAUUUGCUUGAUGGAGAAUUUGGUGGUGCAGAACUGCGGGCCUUCCAACUGCGACGCCAAAUGUAAGAGAGACUGCAAGAAAUUCGGACGCAAACCGGAAACCUGCUCUGGAGUUUGUGCUACAGGGACCUUCUUUUGUAACUGUUAUGGGCCUUGCAACCCAGGCCCACCUCCCGCUGCUUAACUUCCCACCACGACCCAUUCCCGUUCUUCCAUUUUGCUCUUCCCGUUUUCAUCUUACCACAGUCCACGGCUGCUUGUUGUUAAAGAAAAGCAUGAUU